AUACAGUACCAUAUCCCAGUAAAGACACAGUACCAUAUCCCAGGAAAGAUACAGUACCAUAUCCCAGGAAAGAUACAGUACCAUAUCCCAGUAAAUAUACUACCAUAUCCCAGUAAAGAUACAAUACCAUAUCCCAGUAAAUAUACAGUAACAUAUCCCAGGAAAGAUACAAUACCAUAUCCCAUUCAAGAUACAGUACCAUAUCCCAGUAACAUACCCCAGUAAAGAUACAGUACCAUAUCCCAGUAAAUAUACUAUCAUAUCCCAGUAAAGAUACAGUACCAUAUCCCAGGAAAGAUACAGUACCGUAUCCCAGUAAUGAUAUAAUACCAUAUCCCAGUAAAGAUACAGUACCAUAUCCCAGGAAAGAUACAGUACCAUAUCCCAGUAAAGAUACAGUACCAUAUCCCAGUAAAGAUACAAUACCAUAUCCCAGUAAAGAUACAGUACCAUAUCCCAGUAAAUAUACAAUACCAUUUCCCAGUAAAGAUACAGUACCAUAUCCCAGUAAAUAUACAAUACCAUUUCCCAGUAAGAUAAAAACCAGUUCCCAGUAAGAUACAGUAACAUAUCCCAGUAACAUACUCCAGUAAAGAUACAGUAUCAUAUCCCAGUAAAUAUACUACCAUAUCCCAGUAAAGAUACAGUAACAUAUCCCAGUAGAGAUACAAUACCAUAUCCCAGUAAAGAUACAGUAACAUAUCCCAGUAACAUACCCCAGUAAAGAUACAGUACCAUAUCCCAGUAAAUAUACUACCAUAUCCCAGUAAAGAUACAGUAACAUAUCCCAGGAAAGAUACAAUACCAUAUCCCAGUAAAGAUACAGUAUCAUAUCCCAGUAAAGAUAUAAUAACAUAUCCCAGUAAAGAUACAGUUCCAUAUCCCAGGGAAGAUACAGUACCGUAUCCCAGUAAAGAUAUAAUACCAUUUCCCAGUAAAGAUACAAUACCAUAUCCCAGGGAAGAUACAGUACCAUAUCCCAGUAAAGAUACAGUACCAUAUCCCAGUAAAGAUACAAUACCAUAUCUCAGUAAAGAUACAGUACCAUAUCCCAGUAAAGAUACAGUACCAUAUCCCAGUAAAGAUACAGUACCAUAUCCCAGUAAAGAUACAAUACCAUAUCCCAGUAUAGAUACAGUACCAUAUCCCAGUAAAUAUACAAUACCAUAUCCCAGUAAACAUACAGUAACAUAUCCCAGGAAAGAUACAAUACCAUUUCCCAGUGAAGAUACAGUACCAUAUCCCAGUAACAUACCCCAGUAAAGAUACAGUACCAUAUCCCAGUAAAUAAACUACCAUAUCCCAGUAAAUAUACAGUAACAUAUCCCAGUACCAUAUCCCAGGAAAGAUACAGUACCAUAUCCCAGUAAAUAUACUACCAUAUCCCAGUAAAGAUACAGUACCAUAUCCCAGUAAAGAUAUACUACCGUAUCCCAGUAAAGAUACAGUACCAUAUCCCAGAAAAGAUACAGUACCAUAUCCCAGUAAAGAUACAGUACCAUAUCCCAAUAAAGAUACAAUACCAUAUCCCAGUAAAGAUACAGUACCCUAUCCCAGUAAAUAUACAAUACCAUAUCCCAGUAAAGAUACAGUACCAUAUCCCAGUAAAUAUACAGUAACAUAUCCCAGGAAAGAUACAAUACCAUAUCCCAGUAAAAAUACAGUAACAUAUCCCAGGAAAGAUACAAUACAAUUUCCCAGUGAAGAUACAGUACCAUAUCACAGUAACACACCCCAGUAAAGAUACAGUACCAUAUCCCAGUAAAUAUACUACCAUAUCCCAGUAAAGAUACAAUACCAUAUCCCAGUAAAUAUACAGUAACAUAUCCCAGGAAAGAUACAAUACCAUAUCCCAGUAAAUAUACAGUAACAUAUCCCAGGAAAUGUACAAUACCAUUUCCCAUUCAAGAUACAGUACCAUAUCCCAGUAACAUACCCCAGUAAAGAUACAGUACCAUAUCCCAGUAAAUAUACUAUCAUAUCCCAGUAAAGAUACAGUACCAUAUCCCAGUAAUGAUAUAAUACCAUAUCCCAGUAAAGAUACAGUACCAUAUCCCAGUAAAUAUACUACCAUAUCCCAGUAAAGAUACAGUACCAUAUCCCAGGAAAGAUACAGUACCAUAUCCCAGUAAAGAUACAGUACCAUAUCCCAGUAAAGAUACAAUACCAUAUCCCAGUAAAGAUACAGUACCAUAUCCCAGUAAAUAUACAAUACCAUUUCCCAGUAAAGAUACAGUACCAUAUCCCAGUAAAUAUACAAUACAAUUUCCCAGUAAAGAUACAAUACCAUAUCCCAGUAAAUAUACAGUAACAUAUCCCAGGAAAUGUACAAUACCAUUUCCCAUUCAAGAUACAGUACCAUAUCCCAGUAACAUACCCCAGUAAAGAUACAGUACCAUAUCCCAGUAAAAUAUACUAUCAUAUCCCAGUAAGAUACAGUACCAUAUCCCAGUAAUGAUAUAAUACCAUAUCCCAGUAAAGAUACAGUACCAUAUCCCAGUAAAUAUACUACCAUAUCCCAGUAAAGAUACAGUACCAUAUCCCAGGAAAGAUACAGUACCAUAUCCCAGUAAAGAUACAGUACCAUAUCCCAGUAAAGAUAAAAUACCAUAUCCCAGUAAAGAUACAGUACCAUAUCCCAGUAAAGAUACAGUACCAUAUCCCAGUAAAGAUACAAUACCAUUUCCCAAUAAAGAUACAGUAACAUAUCCCAGUAACAUACUCCAGUAAAGAUACAGGACCAUAUCCCAGUAAAUAUACAAUACCAUUUCCCAGUAAAGAUACAGUACCUUAUCCCAGUAAAUAUACAAUACCAUUUCCCAGUAAUGAUACAGUAACAUAUCCCAGUAACAUACUCCAGUAAAGAUACAGUACCAUAUCCCAGUAAAUAUACAAUACCAUUUCCCAGUAAAGAUACAGUACCAUAUCCCAGUAGAGAUACAAUACCAUAUCCCAGUAAAGAUACAGUAACAUAUCCCAGUACAAUAUCCCAGUAAAGAUAAAAUACCAUAUCCCAGUACCAUAUCCCAGUAAAGAUAAAAUACCAUAUCCCAGUAAAGAUACAGUACCAUAUCCCAGUAAAGAUACAGUACCAUAUCCCAGUAAAGAUACAAUACCAUUUCCCAGUAAAGAUACAGUAACAUAUCCCAGUAACAUACUCCAGUAA